UGCAAUUUCCUUUCGAAGCCCUUCUACUACAUAAUGCACUGCAUAUGUACUAUUUGAAGUCGCUGCCCAUGACUAUCAAUUCCUAAAGCAAACGUCUGGCAAACAUGCAAGCUUACUAAAUAGGAUGGGUUUCCGAUGGAUGUUGCCUACAUAUAACAUUUUUUGUGUGAGGCCGUAGGUCGUUGGGGUUUAGGUUGAUUGACAAGAACAUACUGGGCCAGCGCAUAAGUUUGCAAACAUGAACGCUCUACUACUGCGCAACCUGGGCGGCUUGCGCCGCAGCAGCAGCCUGCAGUCCUUCGCCGAAUACCGCCAGGCGGAGGCGCAGAACCCACAAAUGAGCAGCGUAACGUCCGAGGGCACGCUGCUGGAGUAUGAAACCCUUGAGCUGCGCAUUCAUCCUCCAAAUGUUGUUAUCGACAACGAAACUUAUGACGAUGUGACCGUCAUUACCAUCGACAGCGCCAAUCGUCCCGGCACGCUAAUCGAGGUGGUGCAAUGCCUAACGGAGCUGGGUCUCAGCAUCCGCUGUGCGCGCAUCUCAUCGGAUGGGGGCUGGUUCGUGGACGAGUUCUUCGUAACGGAGACGCCCAAGGGGAAAUUGCUGGACCAGCGCAAGAUGAACAUCAUCCGCAAGGUGCUCAGCGUGGAGACUGACGGCGCAGGCAGCUUCAAGGACAAGGAGAUGUGCACCGUGUUUGAGCUGGCGGGUCGGGACCGGCACGGGCUGCUGGCGGCGGUGCUGCAGCUGCUGGUGGUGAACGGGUGUGGACCUUCCACGACCGAGUGGCGCUGGUGCUCAGCGCCACGGAGCGGGGGGCGCCCGUCGUUGACCCGGUCAAACUUGACCGACUGGAGCAGAUCUUGUACGACAUGCUGGGUGGCGGGGACGCUGUUGUCAACAGCGAGCUGGUGCGUGGCGAGGUGCACCACGAGCGGCGGCUGCACCACCUGCUGCUGCUGGAGGAGCUCAAGGCGUGGGAGCAGCAGUACGUGGCCACCUCCAUCACACCGACCCACGGGUCAGCCACGCCAGUUCCGGGCACCGCCACGCCCACAAACAACGGAGCCGCCACGCCUACGCACGGCACCUCAUAUCCCAGCACGCAGAACGGCAUUGCCGCCGCGACCGGCACCCCAGCCUCCGCACCCGGGCUGGCAGCUGAGGGCUCCUCCGGACCGCCCGUCUUCAGCGGCUUCGCACGCUCCUCUUUCAACGCUGGGACGACCGUUUCCCUCUCCAACUCCUGCCUCCCCUCGCGCGCGCCCAGCCCCUCGCCUCACUUUGCCGCCUCGCAUGGCGGGCUGUCGCAUGAGGGCUCGGGCAACAUGGGGAACGGAAUUCCCGGCUACACGCCCGCAGGCUUCCCCCAGGCUGAUGAGGGGGGCGCCGCGUGUCCCCAGUCGGCCUCGCUGGUAGGGGGCGGCGAAGCAGGGCCCGACGGCCUGGCAGCGGCCCCCGCGGGCCCCUUUGAGCUGGGCACAGCGGGCGGCAUGGGGCGCUGCACCUCGGCUGAGGGGGCACUGGGAGGUCUGGGCGUGGGCGGGAACCUCAACAUGAUGGUGGUUUCGGAGCCGCUCAUCGAUGUGGGUUUGGAUCUGCCGGCUGCCGUACAGCUGCAGGACCACGUGGCGGCGGCCAUGGAGCGGCAGCGCUCAACGGCGCCGUCGGAUAUGGGUGUCGUACCGCCGUCGCCGCUGAUGUCGUCAGCAGCCACGGCUGACGGCAUGGUCGGCGGCGCGCAUCGCAGCACCUCCACUGGCUCAGUCGCCGGCAUGGUCGCGUCGCGUGUCGGCGACCCCCGAACGCAGCCGUCGACGAGCGGCGGCGGCGCGCCGCCGCUACCAGCAGCGACUGGCGCCGCGCGUGCCUCCAUUGGCCGUACGAUGACGGUUACCGGUGAUGAGCAUGAAACCGGGCAGCAGCCGCUGGCGCCGGCGCCGACAGCGGUGCCGCCGUCACUGGGCAAUACGGAUGCCGCUGCCGGCAGCGGCGGCGGCGCCGCAGGCUCCGCUGCAGGCACCAGCGGUGGCAGCGCUCCCACCACUCAGGACCAGUUGGCUCAGCUGCGGCGCAGCGAGGUGCGCAUCCAGCACUCUGCGCUGCUGAACUACUGGCUGGUGACCAUCCGGUGCCGCGACCGCAACAAGCUGUUCUUUGACACGGUGUGCACACUGGCCGACAUGAACUACGACAUCUACCACGCCACCAUCGACUCGGAGGGGGACGCCGCCAGCCAGCUCUUCUACGUGCGGCCCAGGUACGGCGAGUGCAUCUGGGACGAGCGCCGAGCCGCCAAGCUGCGGUACAUGUUGGAGAGCGCCGUACAGCGCCGCUUCCCCCGCGGCACCAAGGUGUGUGUGCACAGCACCGACCGGUCGGCGCUGGUGCAGCUCUUCUCGGCGCUCAGCAGCGGGGGAUUCUGGAUCACCCGCGCCGACGUGCGUACCCACCAGGACGCCGCCGUGUUCGAGUUCACCAUCACCGACACGCGGGGGCACCUGCCGGAGCAGGCGCACGUGCAGCGCAUCUGCGAGCACGUGGGCGGCGUCAUGACGCACGACGUGUACGGACCCUCGCAGGGAGUGCAGCCAGGCAGCGGCUCCCGCCUUGGUGGCGCCCCGGGUCGCGGGCCGGCUGGGGCAGCGGGCUCCGGUGUGGGCACCUUCCGCUUCAGCAUCCUGGAGCGGCGCUGGAACAAGGGCUGGCAGGGGGGCGUCCAGGGGGGCAACGCGGCGGGGUCGUACGACAGCGCCGUGUCAUCGGGAUCCAUGUAGGCGAGUGUGUACGAGAGGGUGUACGACAGUAGGGUGUGUGGAGGACAUGGUCUGGGUCGAGGUUGGGUGAUGAUGCCACGAGGAGGGUGAGAAGGGACGUGGGAGCUGGUGGCGAGAUGGCGGUUGCGUGCUUGACGUUUUGAGUAGCUUGCUGGCUGUAGGUGGAUGUAGAUGUUGCGUGGGCGGAAUGUCAGCGUCGCCUUCCUCACGCAGCACGGUAGGGGCAGAGGCGGGUGCGUUGAGGUGGUAAGGGGGAGGCCGUAGAUGGGAAGGCCAUGAAGUAAGGCCGUUCUUGCUGCACAGCAGGCACAGCAAGCCAGCCGGAUGCUGACAGGAUGCAUCAUCAGCCGCUGUCUGCUGACCCGGGUGGAGGAGCGGUUGUUGCUGUGGUUGUAUUCUUAUGCGCGCUUGCUUAUUGUGGCCAAGAGGAAUGCCCCUCCCCAAGGUUUGGAAAGGGAGAUGGCGGCCCAUGUCCUGCUGAUCGUUUCCUGUUGGCCCUUAGCUGUACUUGGCAGCUUACAGGGAGCGGGACUGGGAAUUACUGGGCUUGGGUAGCAAACUACGCAAAGAGUAGUAGUAGUGAUAGCGUACGUUACGGCGUGGCGUUGACGUUGGCAGUUAGUUCAGCUCUGUGAGAGUUGGAGGGGAAGCUCAAGUACGAUGCAGGGGGGGACGUAUGGGUACUUGACGGCUAUGUAGAGGACUGCAAGAGAAGACGAGAUCGCGGUCAUUUGAUGGACCAUCCCGGCAAGGGAACUGAAUUUCGGUAUAGUGUGUGAAACAGCGGUAUGUACCAUACCGUACUGUGUGUGGCAAAUGGGAUGAGUGCGUACAUGGUUAGCAAGCAUUUGCUGCUGCUGCGGGGUGUUGUACGGCUACCGUAUUCGGCAAGCCGGAACCCGCUUUGAGAGGAGAGUACGUGAGUAAGAAGAGGGGUAGGAGGCUGCAGAUGGUCAGGCACACAAAUUCGUUGUGCGAUGGAGGAUCGGAGGGACCGGAUUACAGGUGGUCGGAAUGUAUUCGUUAGGCCGACUGUGUAUACGUGUGUUCUUCCAACUACAGGACGUAAAAGCGAGCGGUUGGGUCCAACAUGUGUGUUUUAUUUGCGAGGUGUCCGUUUCGCCUUGUGUCAAUGCUGUGCUAUAUGUUUGUCCGGAGGCUAACCCUUAUCGCUGCAUGUGGGUAGAUGUGCUUUUUACCCUCAAGCGGGUGUUGCCGGUGGUGUACCACCGGCUUUGUAAGGUCCCCGCCUUGG